AAUGAGGACUUACCAUUGCCUACCACUAUUCAUCUGGACCUAUAUGUUUUAUGCAGUUGAUGCUAUCCCAUUACAAGAAAAAGCUAACAGUGAUUUACCAAGUAAAAAGAUGAUGAGUUUGACAAAAGAUGAUGGUAAAAUGCUACAUCGCACCAAGCGUGGCUGGAUGUGGAAUCAGUUCUUUUUGUUGGAAGAGUACACAGGUACAGAUACACAAUAUGUAGGCAAGCUUCACACUGACCAAGAUAAAGGAGAUGGAAAUUUAAAAUACAUAUUAACAGGAGAUGGGGCUGGCAGUAUAUUCGUUAUAGAUGAAAAUACAGGAGAUAUUCAUGCUGCAAAGAAAUUAGACAGAGAAGAAAAAUCCCUGUACAUUCUUCGUGCCAAGGCUAUAGACAGAAAGACUGGACGGCAGGUGGAACCUGAAUCUGAAUUUAUCAUUAAAAUCCAUGAUAUAAAUGACAAUGAACCAAAAUUCACAAAAGACUUAUACACUGCAAGUGUUCCUGAAAUGUCUGGAGUAGGAACAUCUGUAAUACAAGUGACUGCAACCGAUGCGGAUGAUGCCAACUACGGAAAUAGUGCCAAAGUGGUCUACAGCAUAUUGCAAGGACAGCCAUAUUUCUCAGUGGACCCAGAAUCAGGUAUAAUAAAAACUGCAUUACCAGACAUGAGCAGAGAAAACAGAGAGAAGUACCAAGUGGUUAUACAAGCCAAAGACAUGGGCGGCCAGAUGGGCGGCCUCUCCGGAACCGCCACAGUGCACAUCACUCUGACGGAUGUCAACAACAACCCACCUCGAUUUCCCCAGAGUACGUAUCAAUUUAAUUCCCCCGAGUCUGUCCCUCUCGGAACACAUCUUGGAAGGAUAAAAGCCAAUGACCCCGAUGUGGGGGAAAAUGCUGAGAUGGAAUACAGCAUUGCUGAAGGAGACGGAGCUGACAUGUUCGAUGUCAUCACUGACAAGGAUACACAGGAAGGGAUUAUAACUGUCAAACAGAAUUUAGAUUUUGAAAACAAAAUGCUGUACACUUUAAGAGUGGAUGCAAGUAACACACACCCAGAUCCACGAUUCCUACACCUGGGACCUUUCAAAGACACAGCUGUGGUCAAAAUAUCCGUGGAAGAUAUAGAUGAGCCUCCCGUGUUCAGUAAAAUUUCUUACUUAAUAGAGGUCGAUGAAGAUGUAAAGGAGGGCAGCAUCAUUGGGCAAGUUACGGCAUAUGACCCAGAUGCCACAAACAAUUUCAUACAAUACUCUGUUGAUCGGCACACUGAUAUGGACCGGAUUUUCAGUAUCCACCCAGAAAACGGCUCUAUUUUCACUUUAAAACCCCUUGACCGGGAAUCAUCUCCCUGGCACAACAUCACCAUUAUAGCCACAGAAAUCAAUAACUCAAAACAAAGUAGCCACGUUCCUGUCUUCAUCAGAAUUCUAGAUAUAAAUGACCAUGCUCCGGAAUUUGCCAUGUACUAUGAAACAUUUGUUUGUGAAAAUGCAAAACCUGGGCAGGAAGUUUUAGUUGUGCUGUUUGCUGCAUUGAAGAGGCAGAGGAAAAAGGAACCUCUGAUCAUUUCAAAGGACGAUGUCCGGGACAACAUCGUGACCUACAAUGACGAAGGCGGCGGGGAAGAAGACACACAAGCUUUCGAUAUUGGCACGUUAAGGAACCCAGAAGCAAGAGAAGACAGUAAACUGAGAAGGGAUGUGAUGCCAGAAGCGAUUUUUCAGAUCAGGAGGACUGUGCCUCUGUGGGAAAAUAUUGAUGUACAAGAUUUUAUCCAUCGAAGAUUAAAAGAAAAUGACUCAGACCCCAGCGCACCCCCUUACGAUUCACUGGCGACGUACGCCUAUGAAGGGAACGACUCCAUAGCAGACUCACUCAGCUCGUUAGAGUCGCUCACAGCAGAUUGUAACCAAGAUUAUGAUUACCUCAGCGACUGGGGGCCUCGCUUUAAAAAACUGGCCGAUAUGUAUGGGGGUGAUGAGAGUGACCGAGAAUAGAGUAUUGUAUGACUUGACCCAUGUUAGUGGAAGUCCUCUGUGUUACCGGAUUGAGUGGCCUGUAUUCUCUUCCUUGAAGGAACAUUUAAAAAAAAUCAAAAUUACAAACAAUACUUAGGUGUUGUCUUAGUAAGGGUUUGCUUAAUCAGUAAGUUUCUGUGAAUGAAUAUGAAUGACAUAGUUUUUUUUAAAGUAAUAAUAUAAUAACCAGUUCACCCUCUUUGCCUAACAAUCUAUGAAGGAAAGUAUAUCACAUCAAUAAUCAACAAAAAUAUAUAAAGGCUUUUUGUGCCUUUCCUUAGAUAUAAUAACUUUAUAAAUGUUUUCUUAACCGACUUAAAGUCACCUUUACUAUUAAAAGAAUCAUUGUGCAACU